GGAGCGGCGAAUCUGUCGUGGUGUGGUAGCGUAUAUUUAUAAACAAUAUUAUAAAUUAGCCUUUUUAGAGGUUUUUUCCCAGUCUAGUUCCAAAGCCAAAACCAUGGCACAUGUUCCUGCAGAGCAACCAGAAGAGGAUGCAUCAGAACUGCAGUUCCCAAAAGAGUUUGACAAUGCUGAGACACUCAUGAUAUCAGAGGUACACAUGCUUUUGGAGCACCGCAAGGCUCAGAAUGAGAAUGCCGAAGAGGAACAAGAACUAUCGGAGGUUUUCCUGAAGACUCUGGCGUACGCCGGUCGUUUCGCUAAGUUCAAGAACCGAGAAACGAUUGCAUCUGUCCGAAAUCUCCUUGCUCAGAAAAAGCUGCACAAGUACGAGCUUGCCGCACUGGCCAGUCUUUGCCCAGACAACCCUGAUGAGGCCAAAACACUUAUACCCAGCCUGGAGGGACGUUACGAGGACGAAGAACUUCGGGCCAUCCUGGACGACAUUCAGACCAAGCGCAGCUUCCAGUAUUGAGCGUAUCGCAGCCGCGUGCUGCCAGCUUAUUUGUGUGGUGAUGGUUGUCAUGUCGUUCCCCUUACUACAUAGUUUGGACCACACGCCUACAUGGCCGAUCAGUAACAUCGCAAGUGCAGGCUGUUCUGGUCUUUAUUUUCAUUCACCCAUGUAGUCUACUUCAUCGACAUAUUGUCAUCAAUCAUUGCCUUGUGAUAAGUUGUGAAAUAAAGAGCAGGUGCUAGGUAAU